AUGUGCCGCUACCCGAGCAAAAAGUGCUGGAACCUGCGCGCGCUCAAGCGCAACGGCGAGCACCACAACCUCUGUGACUUCCACCGGCAAAAGGCCAACAAGAACCAGCGUCGACUCGAGCUCAAGCGCAAGGCCCGUGCGCAGGGGUCCUCGGACUUGGUGCUUGGUGACAAGAAGCGUCUCCGUGCACUCAAAGACACGAGUUCCGCUCGUGCUCGCCGGGCGCCUCUCAGUGCUCACUUGGCGAUGAAAGAGGAGGCGAGUGCCAAGCAGCAGCAGCAGGAAGGUGAAGCUAACAGAGCGACUGCAGUCUCGGGGCUCACAAGCUGGUUCCUUCAGGAUCUCGUGCUGUUAGACGGCGUGUACGACCGAGCGGGCUUCCAGGUCAAGGACGAGCUACCGUUAGCUACUGCUGCAUUCAUGUCACCUAUUCCUUUUAUCGAACUAACUCAUCCACCGGAUGCGGUGGACGUGGAGACCCUGGCGCACAUUUUGGCGGACGCACAGGACGAUGGCUGCAAGAGCUUGGAAUACGCGACUUCUGGGCUGGACGUGCCCGUGUCAAUGUAUGAAGGCAAGACUUCGCCUGUGGACGUUGGCGAGAGCUGGGACAGCCUCGAUCUCGGGGCUGCGUCGUGGCUGCCAGUGGACCAGCCCAGUGGGAACUUUGAUGCGUCGGCUUUUGUCAUGGAUGAAGAGAUGUUUGUCGCGGACGUGUGA